UAUCCGUAUAUAUUAUAGCAAGGAAAUUGAAUUGUAUGCCAUCAACUGUCCAUCCCACAUCCACCAUGCAUAUCUGCGUAUCCCGACACCCAUACCCGACACGAAUAUAUCCAAUCCCGAUCCUACCCGAUCUUCAUCCGGCAGGUUUCAUUGCCAUACCUGUAUACCUACAAUCAUGCAUCGUAGACCACAACACUAACGCACAAUUCUGAAUCUCUAUACCAUCACCAACAUCAUAUACAUAGCAGUCUAUUCUACCCUACUGAGGAAGAAGAUAAGAAGAAAAUGCCCCCCUCACCCCUCUACACCCCCCAAGACGUCCCCUCGUUCAAGAAGCGUCGCAACCGUCUCCCCAACACCCGCGCAAAGCAACUUCUUCGUGCCGCAGAGCGUGAUUACAAUGACCCCCCUCCGCCGCCUGGUCUAGGCGAGUGCUGUGGGAGUUCGUGUGAUCCGUGCGUCAACGAUCUGUGGAAGGAGGAGUUGGCAAUUUGGAGAGAACGGUGGGGGGAUGGGGCGGUUGAAGAUGGAGAUAAGAAGGGGGACGAACAGGGAGAUGAGAGCGACGGGUGUGCGAAGAUGAAGAUGCCGGGGAGUUGGGAGUGGUAGGGUUGAAUUUUUGUGACGUUGCGCGUGUAUUGGGAAGAUAGCUUCUAUGAUGGUGGAGAUGGAUGUUUGCCUUAUAUGGUAAGUUAAACUUCUAUUAUGAUAUUGAACAUUGUGUGCUGAGUUUGAUAAAGGAGUGUUGCAUACUGAAUGAGGUGUAUGCUGGAACCAGAUGCUGAGCUUAAACAGUUGCUGUGGCUUCAGAUAUCACUGCCGCCAGUUCGGUUGAUAAAG